AUGGCAACCGGUCAAGUGGAUACCGGCCAGCCGGCGGAUGAUGCUGGGCCUAGCAAAUUGCCUCUACCGAUUUCAUCUCCAUGGCAUAAAGCGACUUGGGGUGACUGGGAGUUCCUGCCGUUGGUUGAUUUUGGGUUAACAAUUAUGCGAAUGACACCAUCGAAAAAAUUAAACAAAACGUAUAUGCCGGCUGCAGAAUUGGUUGGUUUAAAGCUGGCUGAUAAACAAUCCAGUUCAACAUCUCAGUUGAUUGAGUACUGCUCAGCUGCUUCUUAUUUGAUUAGAUACAUUGCUAUUAAUGCAAUGAUUGUCCCAUGA